GCUUCGCAGUUGGCAUCGUGUCAGUCUCGACUCGCCGGCUCGUCUUGCCCCGUCGACUCCCUCCGCCCAAUCUCCCUCUCGCCGACGCACGACGCCGGCGGGCGCCAGCCAGCCAUGGCAGAAUACAACCUCAGCGCGCAGCUCACCGGCCACGAGGACGACGUUCGUGGCAUCUGUAUCUGUGGUGAUGCUGGGGUUGCCACGUCAUCAAGAGACAAGACAGUGAGAUUCUGGACACAGCACCCUGAAAAGAAGCAUGAAUAUGUUCUUGCUAAGACACUCGUGGGCCAUUCAAGUUUCGUGGGCCCAUUGGCUUGGGUCCCCUGUUCUGACCGCUUUCCUGAAGGAGCUAUUGUUUCUGGUGGAAUGGAUACAAUGGUGUUGCUAUGGGAUUUGCGUACAGGAGAAGUUGCCGGGACAAUGAAGGGGCACAGUUCGCAAGUGACUGGCCUUGCUAUAGAUAACAAUGGUGACAUUAUCUCUUCCUCCAUGGAUUGUACUUUAAGACGGUGGAGAGAUGGCAAUGCUGUAGAGGUUUGGGAAGCUCAUAAAGUUGCAGUGCAAACUGUUCUGAAGCUGCCCUCGGGAGAACUAUUUACAGGUUCGAGUGAUUCCACUAUUAAACUUUGGAAAGGAAGGACCUGUCUACAUACAUUCUCUGGACAUGCAGAUACUGUCCGAUGUUUAGCAGAGAUGCCCGGGAUGGGUAUACUUUCUGCGUCACACGAUGGAACUAUCAAAUUAUGGGCAUUAACUGGCCAACCCCUGUUGGAGAUGAUUGGUCACACUUCUCUUGUAUAUUCUGUGGAUGCACAUUCAUCUGGUCUAAUUGCCAGUGGCAGUGAAGAUCGGUCAGUCAAGAUAUGGAAAGAUGGCAUCUGUGUUCAAAGCAUUGAACAUCCAGGAUGCAUAUGGGAUGCUAAAUUCUUGGGUAAUGGAGAUGUUGUAACUGCGUGUUCUGAUGGAAUUGUGAGGAUAUGGACAACCGACAGCAAUAGGUUCUGCAGUGAUGAGGAACUUGCAGCUUAUACCGAUAUUAUUUCUCAGUUCACACUAAGCAGAAAGACUGUUGGUGGAUUGAAGUUGAUGGACUUGCCAGGAAUUGAAGCGCUGCAAGUUCCAGGAAACUCUGAUGGGCAGACACUAAUUAUUAGAGAAGGGGAUAAUGGUGUUGCUUAUUCAUGGAAUGCGAAAGAGCUAAAUUGGGAUAAAAUUGGUGAAGUGGUCGAUGGACCUGGGGAUGCUGCUCAAGGUCAGGUUCUUGAUGGUGCUCGCUAUGAUUUCGUUUUUAAUGUUGACAUUGGCGAUGGAGAACCAAUUCGGAAACUACCGUAUAAUCGAUCAGAUGAUCCGUAUGCAGUUGCAGACAAAUGGCUCCUGAAAGAAAAUCUUCCUUUGACAUAUCGCCAACAAGUGGUAGAAUUCAUACUGCAGAAUUCUGGCCAGAACAAUUUUGUCCCCGACCCAUCUUUCCGUGAUCCCUAUACUGGUGGUAAUGCAUAUGUACCUGGGCAACCGUCUUCGUCAAAUGGUAGUGCCCCAAAACAAACUUUCAAGCACAUACCAAAGAGCGGGAUGCUAUUAUUUGAGACGGCUCAGUUCGAAGGAAUCCUAAAGAAACUUACAGAGUUCAAUGCAACACUUUCAUCUGACUUGGAACAAAAACAUUUAUCUUUAUCCGAGGCUGAGUUUUCAAGAUUUGCUGCUAUAGUGAAAGUAUUGAAAGAUACAUCAUUUUAUCACACAAGCAAACUUGCAGAUGCUGACAUGGCUUUGUUGCUGAAAAUAUUGAAAUCUUGGCCUUCGCAGAUGAUGUUUCCAGUUAUUGAUUUUUUGAGGAUGUUGGUGUUGCAUCCUGACGGAGCUACUUUACUUCUGAAGACCAUCGAGAGUGGAAAUGAUGUACCCGUGGAGACUUUUCGUAAAGCUCUGGCUCUACCUGUGCAUCCACCGAAUGUGCUUACAAUCCUCAAAGCAAUUACCAACUUAUUCGACAAGUCAUGCUUACACCCAUGGUUGAGAACACAUUGUGCCGAGAUUAUUGAUUCCGUCUCAAGCUGCAAGCCAUCUUUUAGCAAGAAUGCACACUUGGCAUAUGCCACUCUUUUACUCAACUAUUCUGUUCUUUCAAUUGAAUCUAAGGAUGAGCAAAGUCAGGCACAAAUUCUCUCUGCUGCCCUUGAAAUUGCUGAAGACGAUACCCAAGAUUUUGACUCAAAAUACAGGGCCCUCGUCGCGAUCGGCUCUCUGAUGUUAAACGGCCUCGUGAAGUCCAUCGCCCUCGACCUUGACGUGAAGAGCGUCGCGAGCAGCGCAAAGGCAUCCAUGGACUCGAAGAUCGCGGAAGUCGGGGCUGAUAUCGAGCUGCUGCUACGAUGAGAAAGUGACGCCACCGGACAGUCGGAAAGAUAAAACAGCCUCUCCCUUACUGGAGGGGUCAUUGUUCUGGGUGAUGCUUAUCAUCACUCGUCAUGGAGCAGUGCUUGGCGCAGCUAGGCGGUCUGGUAGUAGUCCUAGUAGUUCACCACACAGGCGCUCCAGUCCGGGGAGCUAGCACCAUAGCGCUUUUGCGAGAAUUUAGCAGAGUUUGCGCCUUGUAAAAUCAGUAUGGCCCUGAUAUUGUUAUGCGCUGGCGACUGAAUAUGUUCCCAUGUUUAAUGCACUGCAUAUUUAAUAUCAAUUCUUUCACCAACAUGCUUAAAA